UGAAACCCGAGAUUUGUCCACUAGUGCAACAGUUCGAGGGUCAUAUUGCUGGAUGCACGUGCACAGCCUGUCAGUCUGUGUGUUCGAAUUUCAUUUCGUUGAUGUGUGUACUAAACAAUCUUAUUACUUUAGAGUUGCUGUGACAAGUUUUGUACAGGUUAUGUUUAUGAUUUGUAAACAAAUCAAGCUGUCAUGCAAUUUAAAAAGUCAUGCUUCGUCGAUGUCUGUGGUGAACGUUGUGAGCCUCAACAAGUCAAGAUUUCAGGAUGAAUUUACUAAGAGUAUUAUACCAGGAGAAUGCUAUCAAGUGCUCUGUUUAUCAGUUUUCACUUGUCAGGUGGAAAAGCUCAACGAACAAGGAUGCAUAUAAUUACUGGCAACAAAGCAAAGUUCCAACACUGCAUUUUCAAAAAUCACUUCCACGACUGCCAAUUCCAGAAUUGUCCAAGACAUGUGAGCGCUAUCUGAAUGCUCAAAGACCCUUACAGGAUGAAUCAAACUACAGAAAGACAGAAGUCAUUGUUCAAAGAUUUUUAGCAGAGGACGGCAUGCAACUCCAUACCGAACUGAAGAAUCAGGAUCAAAAAAAUAAACACACCAGUUAUAUUUCUGAACCAUGGUUUGACAUGUAUCUGCGAGACCGCGUUCCAUUACCAGUAAACUACAAUCCACUGCUAGUCUUUGUUGAUGAUCCCAAAAAGGAGUACAAUACACAACUGAUCCGAACAAGUAACCUCCUAAUCUCUUCUUUAAGGUUUCUGAAAUCACUUCGUGAAGGGGUUCUGGAACCAGAAGUAUUCCACCUAAAUCCUAAAAAGAGUGAUACACAACUGUUCAGAUCAGUCACCGGUAUGUUGCCCCCUUCUCUGAGCUGGUACGGUGCUUAUAUGUUUAAUGCUUUUCCCCUUGACAUGUCACAAUAUGAUGGUCUGUUCAAUGCAACUAGGAUUCCAAGGAAAGACAAGGAUCAGAUUUAUCGGAAGUCAGAGGCUCGUCAUGUUUUAGUCUUGAGAAACGGAAAUUUCUUUGUAUUCGAUGCUAUUGAUGAAAAUGGAAAUAUUAAGGAACCAAUGUACAUCAAAAGCUGUCUGAAAAAUAUAUUAGACAGCAAUAGUGCCCCCAACAAUUUUCCACUGGGUGUCCUCACCACAGAAAAUCGGGAUGUAUGGGCUGAAGUCAGAAGUCAUCUAGAAAAUUGUGGAAACAAGGGGGUUUUAGAAUUGAUUGAUAGCAGUAUCUUCUGUAUUUGUCUUGAUGAUAAUUCUGUCGGUGAAAAUCCUGAAGUCAUCACAAGAUCUUUUCUUCAUUCUGAUGGAGUUAACAGGUGGUUUGAUAAGUCCAUCUCCCUUCUUGUUUCAAAAGAUGGCAAGGCAGCUGUGAAUUUUGAGCACUCCUGGGGUGAUGGUGUUGCUGUGUUAAGAUUUUUUCAAGACAUAUACAAAGAUUCUGCAAACCAUCCUCAUGUUCAUCCUGGUUCAGAGAAAUCACUUAUUGAUACAAAUGCAUAUGUCCGCAAGCUUGAAUUUGCUUUGGAUGAUAAAUCCAAGCAAGACAUUUUGCUGGCCAAAGAAAGGUACAGUGCUUUCACCAAGUCACUUGCUUUCUCCUUCUUUGAGUAUCCCGAAUUUGGUCGAAAUCUAUGCAAAGAGGCUCAAGUGAGCCCUGAUUCAGUGAUGCAGCUUGGAUUUCAACUUGCUUAUAAUAAGUUAACUGGUCAGUAUGUUGGGACAUAUGAAUCAUGUAGCACGGCCGCAUUUAAACACGGUCGAACGGAAACUAUGAGACCAUGUACAAUUGCUACAAAAGAAUUUUGUGAGGCACUCAGGGGUUCAAAUCAGCCUAAACCUCAGAUAUUGAAGGAAAUACUUAUGAAGUGCUCAAAAGUUCAUGUCAACCUUCUGAAAGAAGCAGCCAUGGGGGAAGGCUUUGAUCGACAUUUGUUUGGUUUACGCAAGCUUGCUGAAAUGAAAGGUUUGCUACCAGAAAUAUACAAGGAUCCAGCUUAUACACAUAUCAAUCAUCAUAUCUUGUCCACUUCCACCCUGUCAUCAGAUGUAGUGGCCCUUGGUGGCUUUGGGCCUGUUGUUAAAGAUGGAUUUGGGAUUGGGUACAGCAUUUAUGACAAUAGACUUGGUUCUGUAGUAAGUUAUUAUGAGGGACAUGCAGAUGGUAGUGGCUUUAAAGAAUGUUUAGAAAAGGCAUUUCAUGAUUUACACCGGGCCUUGCUAGCAAAAUCAUAGUUGUCUUCCACUUAGAUAUUUCAAUUCAAUUUUUAUGUGAGAAACUGAACUGUAAAUGACUAUCUUUUGUAACAUUAUUUUUUACAUAUCCAAUCAAGAGUAUUUCUUGAAAAAAGUACUGUUAAGUUUUGAAAUGGGUGGGACACAUGUUAAGAUGCUUUCUCUUAUGUAAAUAUUUUGAAUGUCAAAACUGUCCUCAUUCCCAAUGUAUCAUCGAUUGCAAUCGUAGCUCCCUUUGUAUUUGCAUCUUCUGUACUAUACUUGACCGAAUAAGGAAAAAACAAUGGAGAGAUGAACAGUGCUUUUCACAGUUCUUGUUUGUAUUACUGUCAUAAGUGACUUACUGCCUGUACUAAAAUUAAAGUGUUUGGAGUCUAACUUCUCAAAACAAGA